AUGUCCCUGGCGCUCAUGCCGGAGGCCUCGUCCGGGGGGCCCAGGCUGAUGAUCGCGUUGCUGAGGCUAUGGUCCCAGAAGUCGUCGGCCUGGGGCGAGUCGGGCUCCUGGGCGAAGGGGCAGCUCUCUCGGAUGCUCUCGAUGCAACACGUGGCGCUUCUGCCUGUGCUUGCGGCGGCUCUUUUGGCCUCUGUCACGGCCGGGAGAAGCGGUGGUGGCCCCGUAGCUCCAGCUCUCCUACAUGUACAACCCACAAGUCAAGUCAGCACCAGCAGCGGCGGCGGCCUCCUGGAGGAGAACACUCAGCACGCCGUCGGGAAGGAGAAGGUUGCCCGACAGCAUGCGCUGCACACCUCUUCACCACAACCGCGGCAGCAAGAAGAAGAGGGGGAGGAGGAGGAGCCGCUGAGGCGAUCACAACAACAACGGUUUCAACGAAGGAGGCGGGGGACGGGGAGGGGGGAUCCGCAGCAGCCAGGGAUAAUGGGCGGAGAGGCCACGGAGAGAAGAAGCCCUUUCGCCAAGCUGGCGGGGGUUGGCGACGGGCUCAGAGCUCGCGCGCGGCGGCUGCUGGUAGCCGAGGUGGAAGGGAGGCAGAAACAUGACGCAGGGGUGCCGAGGAGGAGGCAAGGGUUCGGCCGGAGGGGCAGGGAAUCCUUGGCUUUCGGGAAUUUCGGCGCGCGAAAGCAGUGGGUCAAGGAGGAAGAAGGGGAGGUUAUCAGCGCGGAAAUGUUGGCGCUCCAGGCAGAGAACGAUGCGAGCGUGGAGGCGGUGUUGGCCGUCAUCGAGUCCGACGGGUGGGAACGUGUCACCGAAAAGUCCGGCGUCGUCGUCGUCCGGAAGUUCGUCCCACCCCCUCCCAAGGCGCCAUCAUCCUCCUCCUCUUCCAGCAGAGGGAUCGUCGACGAAGGAGCAGCCGCCAAGUUUGCUUGUGUCAAGGCCAUGGGGACGCUCGACGCUCGAGCCAGCGAUCUGUACAAGCUCUUCCUCGACAACGAGCGCGUGCACGAGUACAACGAUAACUGCAAGGAAGUGCGAGACCUCGAGAGGCUGUCGGACGACACCAAGGUGUCGUGGGCCUGCACGCCCAGGUACCGGCCGUUUAAGGCCAGGGACUUCGUGACCGCUGUCCACUACCGCACCCUGGAAGACGGAACGAUGAUGGUGCUCAACAGGCCCGUCGAGCACCCGGCGGCAAGGCGCGGGAAGAAGUACGUUCGAGCCGAGAUCCUCAUAGCGACCAACAUCAUGCGGCCCAACCGCGAGGACCCCAGCAAGACCGACUUCAUCUCGGUGACCCACAUCAACCCCGGCGGCAUAGCGGACUCGAGGAUCGGGGCCAAGAUAGUCAACAAGCUAUGCGCCAAGGCGCCGGUGAACCUGCUCGUCGCCCUGGAACGUUCCGCGAACUCGGCGCCCGUUCCGAAGGAGGAAGCGGCGGCGGCCAAGAAACAGAAGGUGGCGGGGUAGCCAUAAUUUCGGAGUCUGUGCCCCUUUCGGUCUGGAACGUUCCGCGAAUUUCUCUGCCCGUUCCGAAGAAAGAAGGCAGCAGCGUAGACGAGCAAGAACAAUGUAGCGGGUCACGUCGGGGUCGGCAACGCUUUCGAGCCGGAUCGGAUCGUUCGGAGAUUUUUUGUCACCGUUGGCAAGAUCAAGGCAUACGGUCGGCUACGAUUUUUUAGCGUAAAGCUGGGUUCAAUCCCACGGAUGACGAGCUGCUUCUGGACAGCCUCCUCAUGUUUGCUGUUGCA